AUGAGCCUGAAGCAAUUCUGCCUUUUGAUCUUCCAGCAUUGCCCACUCUUCUCCGAGUAUGCCGAAACCUACUAUUCCGCUGCCUACUCUGAGUUCCUGGCCUACAAGACCCGCGUCCCGGUCCGUGGCGCGAUCCUGCUCAACGAUGCCAUGGAUCAUGUGGUUCUUGUCAAAGGAUGGAAGAAGGGGGCGAGGUGGAGCUUUCCAAGAGGCAAAAUAAACAAAGAUGAAGAUGACCUUGACUGCGCUGUGCGAGAGGUCUACGAGGAAACGGGAUUCGACGCGAAGGAGGCUGGUCUGAUCAAGGAUGCCUCUCAGAUGAAGUACAUCGAGGUUUCAAUGCGAGAGCAGCAUAUGCGGUUGUACGUAUUCCGCGGCGUCCCCAUGGAUACCUAUUUCGAACCACGGACCCGUAAAGAGAUCAGUAAAAUUUCAUGGUACAAGAUCUCCGAGUUGCCGACCUUGAAGAAGAAGCAAAACCAAGGACACGUAGCUGGGGAAAACUUGUACAAGGAGAACAUGUUCUACAUGGUGGCUCCUUUCCUCGGCCCCUUGAAGAAUUGGAUCAAACAGCAGAACAAACUUGCUCGUCGUAGCCAAGCUGCACAAGCCGCUGGUGCAUUGACCGCUGGAGAGGAAACCGCUGCUGAUGAGUCGGCCGUUGAGGGCAUAGCUCAGCACCGCGUGUCUCCAGACACCCAUCUAGAGUCCUUGAUUGCAGGAUUGCGCCAGUCCAAAGUUGAACCGGACACGACGAACUUGCCUGAAGUUACAACCGCACCGGAGCCCGCGCCAGAUCCUGCUUCUGCCUUGAAGCGCUUGCUGAGUAUCAGCGGCCAAGGAGGAAUGCCUCCUCCGCCGCCUGCUUCGGCUUCGCCCAACCCUCUCCUGGCACUUCUUCAAGGCGGACAGGCGCAGCCGAUACCCAUGCCGGAUUCGUCCAGCAUUCCCAUAACGCCUUAUGAGCAGAUCAGUUCCAACCCGAGCCAGCCGGAGGCUCCUCAUCACCCACCACCUCGUGCACCACCCCAGUUCUCCAAUAUGGCUCCGCCGCCUCACUUUCCGUACUCACCGGCUCAUCAAGCACCCCAUCCACAUAUGGCCAUGCCGCAGCCAGGUAACGGUUACUUCGGCGGUGCGAUGAAUAUGCCUCCGCCUCCAGUCCCGAACAUGAGGCCACCUCUUCAGCAGAAUGUUGCUACUUGGCACCCGCAGCCUCCGUCGUACCCUCAGCAAGAUUUCCCCCAGCAGGGAUUUCAGCCACAACCUGGCGCUCCGCCAAGGCCGUACCAAAGGACAGGCGACCCGUUUGCCCAUGGCACACCGACUUCAGCUCCAGUGGCCCCGGCAAUUCCGCCGCCAUCGAAGCUCCCUGCGCCCAAGCUCAAUGCACACACCCUCAGCCUUCUCAAUGCGUUCAAGGGCGAACAACCCGCGGCUCAGCAGCCGUCUCCGCAGCCAGCUCUCAAGCCGUUCACCGCGGCUUCGGAGAUUUACAACUCCAAUCGUCCUCACCACCAACAGUCUUCUGCAGUUAUCCCAGAGCUGUCUCAGGGCAGGCCUAACGAGAUGGCACCGGACAGCAACUACAUAGAUGGCCAGCCUCCUCCGGUUGCAUUUGCCAACAAGCCAAGGAGCGCACAAGCGGAUACCUUGCUAGGCCUUUUCCGAAAGCCCUCAGUUUCCGGUCCUGUCUCACCUCCGCAAGAGAUGCCUGCGCAGAGUCUGGUUCCUGAACCAGCCGAACUCUCAGCGCAGAGCCCGAGCAUUGACCGCCAGAAGCUUGCGCAACCUAGCGAGUCUCCUGCACACCCUGUCGGCAUGACGAAUCACAACAAGGCCGGAGAGACGUCAGCUACUGUAUCUGGUCCUUUCAAUGCCCCGGACUUCGACCAACUGCGCAAGCACACUAAGGUCUCGCAGCCGAACGGACGUGCCUCACCGAGGGCUCAGGGAAGGCCAGCAUCUAGGCCUGAGCGCCAAGCAACCCCGCAGUUCUCUAUACUGUCGCGCCCGCGUCCGGAAGCUUCUGUAACCCCCAGCCCAAAGCAUACGCCGUCAGUUCCAGUUCAGCGUAGGGACACCAAUUCACCAAGGAAUGUUUUGGAGGCUCCCAAGCCGUUCGCUCCUCAUUUUACGCCUCAGAUACUCCGUCGUCCUCAGAAUGCUAUGUCGCCAACCUCUUCGAGACUUCACUCGUUCGAUCGCAGGGAGAGUGCAUCUUCGGAUCAGAAAUCUGCAUUGCUUUCGCUGUUUAACAAGCCGCAGACGCACAGCCCCAAGGCUUUCACAUCUGGCAUCAUGAGCCCCGUGAGCCCGCUGCCCGAGAAGCAGCAUGGGUCGAACGGUAGUGGCGACAGGUCUCGCAUCAGCAGCAUCGCGUCGGUUCCUGGAGAUGGUCUUGGAUCUAGGAGCGCUAGGGGUAGUGUCAGCGGACAGCCCACUACGCCGGUGGACAAGAGCUUCCUGCUGGGAUAUCUGAAUGGUGUUGUCAAGGAUGCGGGAAAAUAA